AUGAUGGGAAAUGUGAAUAGCGCUCUCUGGGUCUGCUCUUUCCGUCUGGGGGUACCAGCUGAGUCUGUCCUGGGACCCCUGAAGGCCCCUUCCCCUCAGCUAGGGAUCCCCUGGGCAAAGAUCUGCGAUGAUUACCCUCAGGGAAGUCGGCCGAGUUUCCGGGACGUGGGCUUCAGUGAAUGCGAUGCUCUGGGGUCGCCGUUUACUGCAUUGCCUUUUUCCAAAUCGGCCCGGCUCGGCUCGAGCGCCCCGUCUCACUCGGCUCGGCGCGCCCCGGCGCGGCCCAGCUCGGAGCACCCUGGCGUGGCCCGGCUCGGAGCGCCCUGGCUUGGAGCGCCCCGGCUCGGAGCGCCCUGGCCCGGCGCGCCCUGCCCCGGCGCGGCUCGGCUCGGAGCUCCCCGGCCCGGAGCACCCCGGCGCGGCCUGGCUCGGAGCGCCCCGGCUCGGCGUGGCCCGGCUCAGAGCGCCCCGGCGCGGCCUGGCUCGGAGCGCCCCGGCUCGGAGCCUGGCGCGACCCGGCGCGGCCUGGCCCGGAGCGCCCCGGCGCGGCCCGGCCCGGAGCGCCCCGGCGCGGCCCGGCCCGGAGCGCCCCGGCGCGGCCCGGCCCGGAGCGCCCUGGCUCGGAGCGCCCUGGCCCGCAGCGCCACGGCCAGGCGCAGCUCGGCCCAGAGCGCCACGGCGCGGCCCGGGUCGGAGCGCCCCGGGUCGGAGCGCCCCGGGUCGGAGCGCCCCGGCCCGGAGCGCCCCGGCUCGGAGCGCCCCGGCUCGGCGUGGCCCGGCUCAGAGCGCCCCGGCGCGGCUCGGCCCGGCCCGGCACGGCCCGGCCCGGUGCGGCCCGGCCCGGAGCGCCCCGGCCCGGAGCGCCCCAGCCCGGAGCGCCCUGGCCUGGUGCGCCCUGCCCCGGCGCAGCUCGGCUCGGAGCGCCCCAGCCCGGAGCACCCAGGCGUGGCUCGGCCCGGCCCGGCCCGGCACGGAGCGCCCCGGCCCGGAGCGCCCUGGCCCGGCGCGGCUCGGCUCGGAGCGCCCCAGCCCGGAGCGCCCCGGUGCGGCCCGGGUCGGAGCGCCCCGGGUCGGAGCGGCCCGGCGCGGCCCGGCACGGCUCGGCACGGCCCGACGCGGCCCGGCCCGGCCCGGCGCGGCCCGGCGCGGCCCGGCACGGCUCGGCACGGCCCGGCCCGGCGCGGCCCGGAGCGCCCCGGCUCGGAGCGCCCAGGCCCGGAGCGCCCUGGCCUGGCACAGCUCGGCUCGGAGCGCCCCAGCCUGGAGCGCCCCAGCCCGGCCCGGCCCGGAGCGCCCCGGCUUGGAGCGCCCCGGCUCAGAGCGCCCCGGCCCGGCGCGCCCUGCCCCGGCGCGGCCCGACCCGGAGCGCCCCGGCUCGGAGCGCCCCAGCCCGGCCCGGCUCGGAGCGCCCUGGCCCGGCGCGCCCUGCCCCGGCGCAGCUCGGCUCGGAGCGCCCUGGCCCGGAGCGCCCUGGCGCGGCCCGGCCCGGCUCGGCCCGGCACGGCACGGCCCGGCCCGGCACGGCCCGGCACGGCCCGGCGCGGCCCGGCCCGGCGCGGCCCGGCUCAGAGCGCCCCGGCCCGGAGCGCCCUGUCCCGGAGCGCCCCGGCUCAGAGCGCCCCGGCCCGGAGCGCCCUGGCCUGGCGCAGCUCGGCUCGGAGCGCCCCAGCCUGGAGCGCCCCAGCCCGGCCCGGCUCGGAGCGCCCUGCCCCGGCACAGCUCGGCUCGGAGCGCCCUGGCCCGGAGCGCCCCGGCCCGGCACGGCCCGGCCCGACACGGCACGGCCCGGCCCGGAGCGGCCCGGCACGGCCCAGCACGGCCCGGCACGGCCCGGCCCGGAGCGCCCCAGCCCGACACGGCCCGGAGCGCCCCGGCCCGACACGGCCCGGCCCGGCCCGGCCCGGCGCGGCCCGACACGGCACGGCUCGGCACGGCCCGACGCGGCCCGGCUCGGCACGGCCCGGCCCGGCCAGACACGGCACGGCACGGCCCGGCCCGGAGCGCCCCGGCUCAGAGCGCCCCGGCCCGGAGCGCCCUGGCCUGGCGCAGCUCGGCUCGGAGCGCCCUGGCCCGGAGCGCCCCGGCUCGGAGCGCCCCGGCCCGGAGCGCCCUGGCCUGGCGCAGCUCGGCUCGGAGCGCCCCAGCCCGGAGCGCCCCAGCCCGGCCCGGCUCGGAGCGCCCUGGCCCGGCGCGCCCUGCCCCGGCGCAGCUCGGCUCGGAGCGCCCUGGCCCGGAGCGCCCCGGCGCGGCCCGGGUCGGAGCGCCCCGGGUCGGAGCGCCCCGGCCCGGCACGGCCCGGCCCGACACGGCACGGCCCGGCGCGGCCCGGCCCGGCGCGGCCUGGCCCGGCUCGGCUCGGCACGGCACGGCACGGCCCGGCACGGCCCGGCCCGGAGUGGCCCGGCGCGGCCUGGCUCGGAGCGCCCCGGCUCGGAGCGCCCCGGCCCGGAGCGCCCUGGCCUGGCGCAGCUCGGCUCGGAGCGCCCUGGCCCGGAGCGCCCCGGCGCGGCCCGGGUCGGAGCGCCCCGGGUCGGAGCGCCCCGGCCCAGCACGGCCCGGCCCGACACGGCACGGCCCGACACGGCCCGGCCCGACACGGCCCGGCCCGGCGCGGCCUGGCCCGGCUCGGCUCGGCACGGCACGGCACGGCACGGCCCGGCACGGCCCGGCACGGCCCGGCCCGGCGCGGCCUGGCUCGGAGCGCCCCGGCCCGGAGCGCCCUGUCCCGGAGCGCCCCGGCUCGGAGCGCCCCGGCCCGGAGCGCCCUGGCCUGGCGCAGCUCGGCUCGGAGCGCCCCAGCCUGGAGCGCCCCAGCCCGGCCCGGCUCGGAGCGCCCUGGCCCGGCGCGCCCUGCCCCGGCACAGCUCGGCUCGGAGCGCCCCAGCCCGGAGCGCCCAGGCGUGGCUCGGCCUGGCCCGGCCCGGCACGGAGCGCCCCGGCCCGGAGCGCCCCGGCUCGGAGCGCCCCGGCGCGGCCCGGCCCGGAGCGCCCCGGCUCGGAGCGCCCCGGCUCGGAGCGCCCUGGCUCGGAGCGCCCCGGCCCGGAGCGCCCCGGCCCGGAGCGCCCUGGCCUGGCGCAGCUCGGCUCGGAGCGCCCCAGCCUGGAGCGCCCCAGCCCGCCCCAGCCCGGAGCGCCCAGGCGUGGCUCGGCCCGGCCCGGCCCGGCACGGAGCGGCGCCCCGGCGCGCCCCGGCGCGGCCCGGCUUGGAGCGCCCUGGCUCGGAGCGCCCCGGCCCGGCGCGGCCCGGCCCGGAGCGCCCCUCCCUCCUAG